AUGGAAAUUGAAGGUGAUAACAAAAAUAUAGGUAAUGAAACCAACAACACAGGAAGUUCAUCCCAUGGUGCGCUGGAAUCAUCACAAAACCAACCUUCUAGGAGUGUUCUCACAAAAGUUGAAUCACACGCUCCAACAAAAUCUAGCGAAGAUGUUGCAGGUGGGGUGAUAAAUAACCCUCCAGUGCAGAUGAUGGAGCGUCCAGGUGAACCAAACACCUCUCCCAAUUACACCUUUCCAUCUCAUGUCUUCUCCAAAAGUACUGCAAACUCUCAAGUGGAAUGGAGCACUGCCUCUAAUGAAUCAUUGUUUAGCAUCUACAUGGGAAACACGAGCUUCUCAAACGAAUUAGGUUGUUUUAAAUCCUGGGAGUUGGAUAAGUCUGUUGAUGUCAGCGUGCAGGAUCAGCCUUAUGCUUCGCCAAAUCACAACCUAGCUGCCUCGACAAAUAAAUUCAAUGCUAUCAGCAAAAGAACUCAUGUACUACAGAACGAACUUAGUUCCAAAAAUGCCGAAGCAAAAGCUGCUGAGACAAUGAGGGAGGUCAUAAUGGAAAGUAGUCAAACCACACAGAAUGUCGGUAAAGGAGAUGAUAAGGCUUUCGAGCCUCAACGCCAAUCAAAUGACAGCAGCAAUUCCUAUGCUUUUCAACAGUCGUCGAAAGGUCCAGAUAAGAGUGUUUCGUCCCUGAGUGCUGGAGAGAAACAAGAACAACAGGAGUCAUCAAACACAGCUGAUCAGGCCCCAAAACCAACCACAGAUGCAUCAAACGGCUGGAGUUGCUUUUCGUGCUGCUCUUAGUAGAAAUCAGCACAUCUGGGUUUUUUUGUAUUCUUACAAAGCCAUUAACUAUUCAUGUCGUCUAAUUAAGCUAGUAUCAUGGCUAAUCUGAAUAGCAGAAUAGAUCUAGCUAGUUAGCUUUAAUUCUAAUUUUACUUGUGUUGUUUAUUUUGUACAUCUUAGUUAAUCAGGGACGAAACUUUUGAUUAACUUUGUAAGAUACUUUAGCUCACAAAGGAAUAACAGAGGC